UCUAAAGGUGAAAUUCUUGAGUCUAGAUGUCGGUAAACAGUGAGUGUCAUACUUGACAUGUCUUAUGAGGGUGCAGAAUAAAUUAGCAUCAGAACACUAUCUACUUGUAAGGAUUGAGCAAAUACGCUUAAACUACAAUUUAUCUGCGAGUCGCCAUUUGGUGCCUUGAUGGCGAAGGGGGAAGACUGUACUGUGACGAUCGACAAUUUUUGGAGAAAUUAUAGUCCUCUUUUCGGCAAUUCAACCUGUGUUGUAUAUCCUUUCUCUGUUCAUGACUGAUAACAGACUAAUUGGAAACCCACAAUCGAGUUGACAGGGACAUUCAAGGAAAGCACUAAAGAUUUGGGAUUGCUAAUACUUUUCUUGUCGAUCAGCUCCUGUGUCCUUCAUCACGGAAGCAUCAUGGUGAAGAGGAUGCAUCUGGCUCGAGCUAUUGGACCCUUCUUCCUUGGUGCUAUUUUCAUGUACAGUAUCCAAAUCUUCUACAGCUAUCCAUCACUCGAGAACUACUUUAACUCUCAUGUGCGUGCCCUCGACGUUGAAAGGUAUGGGUAUGGGGGAGGGUAUGUGGACCACGCCCCGCGGGAAUAUGGAUGGAAGCAUAAUGGGAGGUAUAAAGUUAAGAGACAUCAUGCGGACAAGGUGAUGAAGACUGUUAAACGAGAAGAGUUGAAACCGAGUAAAUUUCAAUUGCUGAUAGAUGAGGUGAAUCAUCUCUUGGCUGAGGAUAUGAUUACCAAGAAUGAUGAAAGUGAGUUGGUUAUCAACCCAAAGCUUCAACAUCCAACGGCAGAAACUGGUGAAAUUAUCUACAACAAAGAUAUAACCAUACCAAGGCACAAACACUACGUGGACGAACCUGUUGAUGCUCACAACUAUACCUACAUACAUAAACCAAAAGUCUGUUCUAAGGUGACUGGACGGAGAAUAAAAGUGUUUCUCAUCUUCAUUGUGACGACAUCUCCUAAGAACUUGGAGCGCAGGAUGCUGAUCCGCAACACAUACGGCAGCAAACGCAGAUGGCCUGUUCUCACUGCCGGUGUGUUCCGGACUGUUUUUCUAUUAGGUGCGGUAGAUAACAUGACCCUGCAGAACGACAUUCACGACGAAUCUGAAACCUACAAGGACAUCGUGCAAGAGGAUUUCGUAGACAGCUACGCGAACCUAACCCUAAAGACGGUCAUGGGACUGAAGUGGGUCACAAACUACUGCAGACAUGCUAGGUACACGAUGAAGAUCGACGAUGAUUCCAUGAUCCACCAGAACAGACUGCUUCAGGUGCUGAAGAACGCUACGGCCGUGAAAUUUACAGCGGCGGAGUCGCUGAUGGAUGCCCCGGUGAUACGUAACACAAGCAGCAAGUACUACAUCUCAGAGACAUACUACCCUCUGCCCACAUACCCUCCGUAUCUAAAUGGACCAGGUUAUCUCCUAUCGUCUGACCUCACCGAAGGAAUAUACAACGUUGCUAUCAAAACACAAUUGUUUCCUUGGGAAGAUGUGUUCUUGGGGAUCUGUCUGAAGCAGCUUGGAGUCCUACCAAAACUCUAUCACGAUUUCAUCUUCAUCGUAGACAAAGAAUCACGGAUUGCAAACAAGACCAGAGCGGUAAAGCUUUUUAAACACUUCACAGUGGUCUCGAACCUAAAACCUGACGACAUGAUGCUUAUGUGGACCAAUACCCGGAUAAGGAUAUCAAGGGAUACACGACCGUAGGAAUCUUACUAAUAUUAAUUGAACUGAUCUCUCUGUCGUGUAUCUGUACUUGUGUUAUAAUGAUUUUGAAAAUGUAUGAACUAUUUCUAUUGAAACUAUAAUGGAAAAAAUCAUGCUUUUUGAUUGAGUAUAUUUGUGUUAUUGUUAAUUUGCCGAUAGGCCUACAUUGCAAUGGAAGCCAAUCUCAAUGUACUUUCAUGGUGCUAUCAUUUAUGUUACAUUGGUCCAAUUAUGUAUAUCGGUAUAUAUCUGUCCUAAACUGUCGUUCAGAGAAAUUUUCUACUUUCUACAUUAAUUUUCCUUGUUUUCUGAGUGCAUUUUGGAAAGGCACUUGGGAGAAAAUGUCAGGCUUCAUGCGAACUACAUUUUCAUAAGAAUUAUUUAGCAAGGUAUUUGUUUUCAUUGUAUUCUAGAUAUUUCAAUUGUCCAUUUCUGUCGUCAGAGAAGAAAGGGAUAAGAAGUGGGUCAGUAAAACCCAAACGCUGGUGGUUCAAGGACAAUACAUAAACAUGCUAAACGAACAAGAUGCCGAUAUAUCAUGGAAGUGCAUCAUCUAUAAUCUUCCCAGAAGAGUGCUAAGUUUUGCCGUUAGGGCUUCCAUUGAUGCACUCCCUACAUUCCGAAAUCUACAAAGAUGGGGACAGCGCCUAACAGGCAAAUGUGAUCUUUACAACAAUACGCAAACCCUACAUCAUGUAUUAAACCAUUGUCAUACGAUGUCAACUCAAGGCCGCUUCUCAUGGCGGCAUGAUAGUAUUUUGAGCUACAUAAUUAUGGCGCAAGUAGUGCUAUCAUUUGAACUGGUAUCAAGCGGGAGCAUACUUGUAAACGUCGAUUUACAAGGUAGCAUGACAAGCAAUAGAAGUAUAUUUCUGUAAACACAUGACCAACUUCAGGCCGCCCUGACAUGGUCCUUUUCCGCCCUCAUGGAAUAGAAAUUUGUGUUGAAUUGAAAGUCUCAUUUGAGAAUAACAUGACGAAUAGGAACAAGGCUUUAGUACACACCCCUGCUCAGGCGCGUACGC